GACUUCGCGUGACAGGCUAGAUAGAUAGAUAGAUAGAUCCAGCUUGUAGGCUGACUGCAGUUGACCGAAUAUCAACAAUGUCGACUACUAACACUCGAGGAAAAAUUGACAGUUGCACUCAGACUGAUGAACUUGAUCUACAAGACUGUGAGUACUGCCUCAACACUGAAGAUGACGAUGAUUGUGAGUCAGAGGCUUCUUCUCUCAGAGAGCCUGAAUACGCGGUUAGUUACAUGGACCUGGAGGCUGCCACAUUGGAGUCAGACAUAAGACAGUCAGCCAGACCCAGGAGCCCAUGGGGUGUACACGAUCCAUAUGUAUCCAUGGAGGAGCUAGGGAAGUCCUUUGUGGGCUUUGCCUCGCUGCCUCACCAAAUUCACAGGAAGAACGUGAAAAAAGGCUUCGAUUUCACACUGAUGGUAGUAGGGGAAUCUGGCCUAGGGAAGUCCACCCUGAUCAACAGCCUGUUUCUCACAGGGCUGUACAGUGACAGGAUUUUGCCCAAUACCUCAGAGAUGAUGAAGAGAACAGUUGGUAUAACUAGGAAGACAGUAGACAUUGAGGAGAAGGGAGUCAGGCUGAAGCUCACCAUUGUGGAUACACCAGGCUUUGGGGAUGCUUUGGACUGCACAGACAGCUAUUAUCCUAUAGUGGACUACCUCCAUCAGCAGAUGGAACACUAUCAUAUGGAUGAGAUGGGCAUGCAUCGCACCCAGAUCAAAGACAGCCGGGUCCACUGUUGCCUCUACUUCAUCUCCCCCUAUGGUCACGGUCUCAAACCCCUAGAUGUAGCUUUUAUGAAGGAGCUGCAGGCGAAGGUCAACAUCGUUCCUGUAAUUGGUAAAGCCGACUGCCUCACCAAGGCCGAGUUGCUACGUAAGAAAGAAAGGAUACGGAAGGAGAUAGAGUUCCAUAAAAUAAAGAUCUUCCAGUUUUCAGACUGUGACUCUGAUGAUGACAUAGAGUGGACAAGGCAGGACUAUGAGAUGAAGAAUAGCAUCCCUUUUGCUGUGGUUGGGAGUAAUAUGCAGCUGAGAGUGGAUGGGAGGACUGUGAGAGUCCGGGCAUACCCGUGGGGAGUGGUGGAAGUCGAGAACCCUGACCACAGUGACCUGGUUCACUUGAGAACUAUGCUGGUACGCACUCAUAUGCAGGACCUGAGAGAGAAGACCCAUGACAACCUGUAUGAGCAAUUCCGCCUCAGUCGCAUGAAUAUGCGGAGUACGAGCGUGGUAUUCUAGUAAGCAAGCGCGCAGAAGCUCACACAUGUACACGACACUUUCUAUCAGGGUGUGUGUAACUUUUUUUUGGUUCAUUUAAAAGUACAACAACUUGGAUAGAUUACAUCAAUGCAAUAAACUAGUAUUCUGCCUCAGG